AUGCACAAAGCCAGCCAGCUGAUGGCUGGGCUGCUUGUCACCAAGGCUGUUGGCGUCGGAGCAUUCACGGUUCCAGCCGGCGCACGGGUGGAGCAGGCGAAGGGGCCCGAGGACUUCACGGCGUUCCUGCAGGGAGUGACGAUGGAGGUGGACGACCUCGAGGAGGAGGCAGAGUUCUGGAUCAAAGGCCUCGGGAUGAGGGAGAUCAGGAAGAAUGCCAAGUCGGUGGUCGUGGGCACUGCCUCCUUCACCGACCUUCUCUCGCCCUCCGGGUACACCGUUCGUAUCUUCAUGAACAAGGACAAGAGCAACAUCCCAUACCCGAUCAAGUCCGUAUCGUUCAUGGCUGAGGACGUCCAGAAGUCGGCAGAAGCCUUGUCAAAGUCCCUUGGGAUGAAACCGGUUUCCUCCUUCCCAUUCCCCUUCAUCGGCGAUGGCGCCAAGUCCCUCCGGUUUCAAGACGAGAAUGUCGUCCUGCACAUCGAGAAGUUCCCCAAGGACUUGCAGCCUCCCAAGGACCUCCGGCAGUUCCGCCUCAACGUCCUCGCGGCUGACGCAGACGCCCUUGCAGCCUCCUGGGGUGCAGCCGGGGGGAAGACCUCAAAGGAUGACCAGAACCUGAGGCUGGGGGGGCUUGUUGGACAAGAUUUCGUGAUCCGGGAUGAGAAGGUUUUCACCGCCGAAGCAUCCAAGAGCGAGAUCCCUCCUCCUCCUCCUCCUCCCCCGGUGAAGGCUUCCAACCCGUCUCAGUAA